UCUGUUUUCCAGCACAAUGAUUUACUUAUGUCACUAGUUCUCUCAGUAACAUAUUAUGUUGUCUGUUUUCCAGCACAAUGAUUUACUUAUGUCACUAGUUCUCUCAGUAACACAUCAUGUUGUCUGUUUUCCAGCACAAUGAUUUACUUAUGGUACUAGUUCUCUCAGUAACACAGCAAGAAAUAAUGGAAAAAGAAGAUCAAGAGCUGAAGCUUCAGAGAACUCGUCAAGAUGCAGAACUUCUUUCAUCACUUGAUACUGAUGACCCAGCUAGCAACCAGUAUCUUCAAGUUGCUGACCAGAAUGGAAAAGUGCUCCAACUUCCCCAACAAGAAAGGAAAGCUCUUGCCCUUGCUAUGACUUUACAUGAAAAAGGAAGAGCAACUAUGAAAAGAAAGAACUACGGGGAAGCUUUAAUAUUUUUCUUGGAGGCAGAUACAGAAUUCAGGAAGUGUACAUCACAACUUCUGCAGUCAGUGGACAACUAUGCCUUGCUAUGUCUGGACAUUACAUGGUGUUACUUGAAUUUGGGGAGUGUUGCUCAUCUUCCAGAUGCAGAGAGUCGUUUGAAAACGUGUGAGGAUUGUUUUCACCAAAGUUAUGGAUCAAACCUUGAAAGAGUUGAAGCCAUAAAGGGUAGUUCUGGAAAUGAGUCAUCAUUGUUUACAAGAUUGCAUCUUCUGCAGGGUAUUGUUGCCUACUAUCAGAACAGGAAGGAAGAAGCCAAAUUCUUACUGAGAAGAGUGUCUUCUGAACUGUCUUCUCUAAAGGUGGAUGAUAACAAGUUAUCGGAGGUGACUGCUUUUGGUUUUAGCAUAGCUGAAGCUAGGUUAGGACUAAGAUGUUGUCAUGGUAACAUAGAAAGAGCAGUACAGCACAUAAUAACAAAACGAGAGGAAAGAGAACAGAUGAGGAUAAAGGAAGAUGAGGAAAGGAAAAGAAAGAAGAAACAGAAGACAUUAGGAAAGACAUUAUCUGGAGACUGGAUCAAUAUUGACUUCUACAAUACACUGGUGUCAAUGGGUUUUUCUAGUGUUACAGCUAAGGGUUCCCUACAACAAUCAAACAAUAACAUUUCUAAAGCAAUACAGGUAAGCAUUACCCAGCUAGUGAUAAUGUGUAUAUUGGUUUUAGUUGUUGUAGAUUUUUCCAGAGAUAACUAGUAACAGGGGAUGAUAAUUAAGAUGGACAUAAGUAUACUAUUAUCCUUUUAAAAUGGAAAACGUUAAUCUUCACUAAUGUUCUGAUAGCAGACAUAAAUUUU